AUGGGUGUACACGGAGACAGAGUUUCAAUUAUUUUCACAGUUUUAUCAAUCUUGGUUGGUAUUUUAAUUACUGCCGCCGGAAUUUAUAGUUUUGUCAGUGGAUUCUGGAGAUCUAUUAUCGGUUUCGUACUGGGAAUAUAUUAUAUUAUAUUUGGUGUUAUGAUUGUAUUUUUGGAGAUUUCAUUCCCAGCUCGUAUUCUUUCACUUUUCGGUUUCUAUGCUUAUUGGUUUGGAAAAGGAUUGUUUUUCAUUUUACUUGGCUUGUUAAUUUUGUCAGAUUCAGGCUUCUUUUUAUUUGCAGGUAUUGUCGUUAUAGCAGUUGGUUUGAUACUCUGUAUCAUCCACUUUAUCUCUACUGUCUCACAUCCAAAACCAUUGACCAAUCGUGAAGCUGCACACCCAAGUCAACAGGCAUAA